AUGGUGCUGUCGGUGCCCGUGAUCGCUCUGGGUGCCACGCUGGGCACGGCCACCAGCAUCCUCGCGCUGUGCGGGGUCACCUGCCUGUGCCGGCACAUGCACCCCAAGAAGGGGGUGCUGCAGCGGGACCUGGACCCCGAUCCGGAGAAGGCGAAGCCUGGCGUGCUCCGGUCCCAGCAGUUCAAUGUCAAAAAGUCCACAGAGCCCGUUCAGCCCCGAGCCCUCCUCAAGUUCCCAGAUAUCUACGGCCCCAGGCCGGCUGUGACGGCCCCCGAGGUCAUCAACUACGCUGACUACACGCUGAAGACCACAGCGGAGCCCGCUGCACCUGCCAGCCCCCAGGCCCCGAAUGACAGCCGCCUCAAGAGGCAGGUCACAGAGGAGCUGUUCGUCCUUCCUCAGAAUGGUGUGGUGGAGGAUGUCUGUGUCAUGGAGACUUGGAACCCAGAGAAGGCUGCCAGAUGGAACCAAGCUCCCAAACUUCACUACUGUCUGGACUACGACAGGCAAAAGGCGGAACUAUUUGUGACUCACCUGGAAGCUGUGACCAGUGACCAUGACGGAGGCUGUGACUGCUAUAUCCAGGGCAGCGUGGCCAACACGACGGGCUCCGUGGAGGCCCAGACGGCCCUGAAGAAGCGGCAGCUCCACACCACGUGGGAGGAAGGCCUCGUGCUCCCCCUGGCAGAGGGGGAGCUCCCCACAGCGACCCUGACACUGACCCUGAGGACCUGCGACCGCUUCUCUCGCCACAGUGUGGCCGGGGAGCUGCGCCUGGGCCUGGAUGGGGUGUCGGUGCCUCUGGGGUCCGCCCAGUGGGGCGAGCUGAAGACUUCAGUUAAGGAGCCGUCUGCAGGAACGGGAGAGGUCCUUCUCUCCAUCAGCUACCUCCCGGCUGCCAACCGCCUCCUACUGGUGCUGAUUAAGGCCAAGAACCUCCAUGCUAAUCAGUCCAAGGAGCUCCUGGGGAAGGAUGUCUCUGUCAAGGUGACCUUGAAGCACCAGGCUCGGAAGCUGAAGAAGAAGCAGACGAAACGCGCCAAGCACAAGAUCAACCCCGUGUGGAACGAGAUGAUCAUGUUUGAGCUGCCGGAUGACCUGCUGCGGGCCUCCAGUGUGGAGCUGGACGUGCUGGGCCAGGGCGCCGAGGGGCAGAGCUGCCCGCUUGGGCGCUGCAGCCUGGGCCUGCACGCCUCGGGCCCCGAGCGCAGCCACUGGGAGGAGAUGCUGAAGAACCCGCGCCGGCAGAUCGCCAUGUGGCACCAGCUGCGCCCGUAG